AUGCUUGACAAAGAAACCUGGGUCUUGAUCCUCAUAAAUCUGCAUGAGGUCCAGACAAUUUCCGAGGGUUACAUCGCGUACUUUGUUGAUGUUCUCCCUGAAAGUCUCGUUGCUGACCCGCGAUUGCUGCUAUUCAGACGUGUUGGGCCCGAGGGACACGAUAACUAUGUCAUCGGCACAGACAGUGAUUUCUUCCCGGAAGCUAUCGCGCAAUACAUGAAUAGCUGA